AUGAAUAUAUUUUCUCAGGUUGGUGGACUGUCACCUAACUAUGACAAAAAUUUCAUAUCAAAUGGCGAUGUCCAUGGUAGAGAAACUGAUGAUGGUGAAUUUGAUGAUUCCGUGAAUAUGAUGUAUCACACGCCUCUACAACCGCAUACACUUCUAUUGAAGGAUGGUGAGACUACAGCUACAAUGUAUCCAUUGCCUGCGAAUCCUGAAUUACUACCAAUAGGUUUAUUAGCUUUUUUGUUAGAUGAAUUUAAUAUGGAAAUUGAAAAAGGUGACAGUUUCCCAUUCUAUGAACCGCUGUCUUUAUCUAAAUUCAAAGAAGUAUGGUUUCAAAAGGAUGGCCAUAUUUGUAUCAUGGUAUUAGGUGAAAUUCCUGAAUUAGAUUAUAGCAUUGAAAACGAUAUAAGUGAUUUAGAGAAUAAUUAUGGUACUAAUAUUGAAACGAUGAGAAAUUCUUCGUAUUAUAAAAAACGUAAGCAAAGAAGAAAUUUAAGUCUAAAUAUACAAUGGGAAAAGCAAUGUUUAGGUUUGUUUUCUUUAAAUCCUGCAUAUCCUGGUAGAUCAUCGCAUGUAGUUACUGGGUCAUUUUUAGUUAAUGCAGGUAUCCGGGGUAAAGGUAUUGGUAAAACAUUAGUCGAAACAUUUAAUGAAUGGGCAAAACGACUUGGUUUUACUUCAUGUUAUUUCCCGCUAAUAUACAGUACUAGCGUUGGUAUAAGAAGAAUAUUUGAAGUUUUAAACUUCAAAAGAAUUGGUAAAAUCCCAGAAUCUGGUAUUUUAAAAGGGUUUGAUGUUCCUGUGGAUUCAUUCAUAUAUGGGAAAGAAUAUACACAUAUCACAAAAGGAAUGGAUUCCUUAAGAGAUCCAGAAAAAACAGAAGAUAUCUCAAAAUAUGAAAGAUUGAUAUAUUAUUUAAAAGUUAAAAAAUACCCACCAUAUUGUGAUAGAAAUGAAAAGGCGAGACUUCGUGUUUCAUCAAAGACACAUUAUUUAUUAAACGGUAAACUAAUGACAAAAGGACGCGAAAUUAUAUUUGAUCCAUUGAAACAAAAACAAAUUGCAAUGGAAAUGCAUUUAGUGGAACAUCAAGGUAUUAAUAAGAUUACAUCCAAAAUUGUAGAAAGGUAUCAUUGGAAAGGUAUUAAAAAUACAGUAUCUGAAGUUUUAGCACAAUGUCUAAAAUGCAAGAUGAGACAUUUAGAUGGCACAGGUGUGGUAGUCAUGCCAAAUGAUAACGUUCCUCAAGCACAUAUGUUACCCGAAAAUGCAAUAGCAUCAGCCAAUUUACUGCAUAUAAAUAAACCUUCACGUGGGAAUGACGCUGGAUCCAUGAUCGAAGACGCAAAAUUUAUUUACGAUAAUGAUUUAAGUGACGUAGAUGGAGGGGUUAAUGUCCCCAUGAAUUAUAACCAUUUACAAUCAAAUACAAACAUGCAUAAGAAUACUAGUUCUAAAAUGACUAUUCAUAAAUAUAAUAAUAAUAAUAGUACAAAUAAUAAUGGUAACAGUACUGAUAAUGAUAAUAACGAUAAUGACAACAAUAUUGAACAUAAUGGUGACAAGAGUAUGAGUAAACGUUCUGACAUAAAUUCAAAUGGGAAAACCGUUUCACCAAUGAUGGAUGAAGAUGAGGAGUUUUAUCAUUCUUCAACAUUAUCACAAAUGGCAGCUGCAGCAGUACGAAAUCUACAAAACGAAACCGAAAAAGAUGAAAUCAUCGAACCUACACCACCAGAUUCAUUAAAUAAUAACAUUACAUUACCGACUCCAUUUUUAUCACCAACAUCUUCGAACACCACUAAUAAGCACAAAAUGAAAUUAUCAAAUGAAAAUAAUACAAAACUAAUGUCGGAGACUGCAAUGCGAACGAAUGCGGUAAUUGAAAGGAGAGAUAUACAACUUGCAAAUGAAGAAGAUGAAGACUUAAUGCAAGAAGAAAAUCCGGCGAAUCAAGAAGUAGAAAUGAAUUCAUUUAACAGAUUUAUUGGAGAAGAGAAUGAUAGAAGAAAAAGGAAAUAUCUGGAGGUUGCAGAAGUUGCACUUCCACACCAUAACAAUAAAAAUAGAAGGAAACAUAAUAAUACUACCAGCAGUACAGAAAGUCGUAAUCAUCAUCAUCAGCAGCAUAAAAAAAAAAGAAUUCUUCUAAUAACAGCGGUAGCAAUAUAA